CCUUGUGCUACAGGCAGUAUUUUGCAGAGAUUAGGGAAGGGGAGGGAAGUGAACGCGACUACACAGAGUGAGCUGAACGCAGCCUCCACCCUUCUUGGCAGAGUCAUUCAGCAAUGUGUCCAUCUCAUCAAGAAACCGAAAUUUCCCGAUGGUGUUUUGUUCUGCCCGCGCACCUUCGACGGAUGGUCUUGCUGGAACGACACGUUGGCGGGAGACACAGCUUACUCUCCUUGUCCGUAUUUCAUCACUGGAUUUGAUCAUACCAGAAUGGCGCACAAGGUCUGUAACGAGGACGGAUCCUGGUACCGCCAUCCUGAGACCAACCUCACCUGGUCUAAUUACACCACUUGUAUUGAUUUUGAAGACCUGAAGAUGCGUCAACUUGUGAAUACGAUCUACAUCGCAGGCUACGCUGUUUCCCUCAUCGCCCUCGUCAUAUCUCUUGUUAUCUUCUUUUAUUUCAGUUCGCUCCAGUGCACACGCAUCCGUCUUCACAAGAACCUCUUCGUCAGUUUCAUCUUAAACAACGUCCUUUGGAUUGCUUGGUAUAUGGAGGUUGCCAGCAAGCCAGACACCGUUUUCAACAACGAGUUCCUCCUCUCCUCCCUUCUCAGUAUAAAGGUGAUUUACAUUUCUGGUCCCUGCGGUCUGCGUUGA